CGAGGUUUGCCCGAGCUCUCGUGUUGUUGUUGUUGUGGUGAUGAUGGCGGCUGCUGGCGCUGAGGCCCCAGACUCCUGGUAUCUGGCUCUUCUCGGGUUCGCCGAACAUUUCAGAACAUCCAGCCCUCCCAAAAUCCGCUUGUGUGUGCACUGCCUGCAGGCCGUGUUCCAGUUCAAGCCCCCGCAGCGAGUGGAGGCCCGGACGCACUUGCAGCUGGGCUCGGUGCUCUACCACCACACGAAGAACAGCGAGCUGGCCCGCACGCACCUCGAGAAAGCGUGGUUUAUCUCGCAGCAAAUCGCUCAGUUCGAGGAUGUUAAGUUCGAGGCGGCGAGUCUUCUGUCAGAGCUCUACUGCCAACAGAACCUGGUGGAUUCAGCGAAGCCGCUGUUGCGGAAGGCCAUCCAGAUCUCUCAGCAGACACCGUACUGGCACUGCAGACUCCUGUUCCAGCUCGCGCAACUGCACACGCUGGAGAAGGAUCUGGUGUCGGCCUGCGAUCUGCUGGGCGUCGGCGCCGAAUACGCCAGAGUCGUGGGAUCGGAGUACACCAGAGCGCUCUUCCUGCUGAGCAAAGGCAUGCUGCUGCUCAUGGAGCGUAAGCUGCAGGAGGUGCACCCGCUCCUGACGCUGUGUGGGCAGAUCGUGGAGACGUGGCAGGGAAACCCCAUCCAGAAGGAGUCUCUGCGAGUCUUCUUCCUCGUGCUGCAGGUCACGCAUUACCUGGACGCCGGACAGGUGAAGAGCGUCAAGCCGUGUCUGAAGCAGCUUCAGCAGUGCAUCCAGACCAUCUCCACACUGCAUGAUGAUGAAAUCCUGCCUAGCAACUCAGCAGACCUCUUCCAUUGGCUGCCCAAGGAGCACAUGUGUGUCCUCGUCUAUCUGGUGACGGUCAUGCACUCGAUGCAGGCCGGAUAUCUGGAGAAGGCCCAGAAAUACACUGAUAAAGCCCUCAUGCAGUUAGAGAAGCUCAAGAUGCUGGACUGCAGUCCGAUCCUGUCGUCGUUUCAAGUCAUCCUGCUGGAGCACAUCAUCAUGUGUCGUCUGGUGACGGGACACAAGGCCACGGCGCUGCAGGAGAUCUCUCAGGUGUGUCAGCUGUGUCAGCAGUCUCCACGGCUCUUCUCCAAUCACGCCGCUCAGCUUCACACGCUGCUGGGCUUGUACUGUAUCUCAGUGAACUGCAUGGACAACGCCGAGGCCCAGUUCACUACAGCACUGCGGCUCACCACGCAUCAGGAGCUGUGGACCUUCAUCGUGACCAAUCUGGCGAGUGUGUACAUCAGAGAGGGCAACAGACAUCAAGAGCUGUACAGUCUAUUAGAGCGGAUCAACCCGGACCACAACUUCCCCGUCAGCUCUCACUGUCUGCGAGCUGCAGCCUUCUACAUCCGAGGCCUGCUCUCCUUCUUCCAGGGGCGCUACAACGAAGCCAAGCGGUUCCUGCGUGAGACGCUGAAGAUGUCCAACGCAGAGGAUCUGAACCGUCUGACGGCCUGUUCUCUGGUGCUGCUGGGACACAUAUUCUACGUGCUGGGGAACCACAGGGAGAGCAACAACAUGGUGGUUCCAGCGAUGCAGUUGGCCAGUAAGAUCCCAGACAUGUCCGUGCAGCUCUGGUCCUCGGCUCUGCUGAAGGAUCUGAAUAAGGCGUGUGGAAACUCUAUGGAUGCUCAUGAAGCUGCUCAGAUGCACCAGAACUUUUCCCAGCAGCUCCUGCAGGAUCACAUCGCAGCCUGCAGCCUUCCUGAACACAACCUGAUCAGCUGGACGGACGGCCCUCCUCCGGUGCAGAUUCAAGCUCAGAACGGACCCACAACAAGCCUGGCGAGCUUGCUCUAAACACACACACACACACACUCUGACGGGGGACGAGCGAGACCCGCUGCCUUUGACCUGCAGAUCUCUCCUGUAUUAUUCAGAUUUUAACUUAUUGAGUUUGCUCUCGGUUCACGAGUGUGUGUGGACGAGGAGCCGGACGGUUCAGCGGAGCGUUAGUGAACGCUGUGUUUGAUCCUUAUUUUGUGCUGAAAAUGAUUCGCUCACAGAUCCGAGAGUGUGUGUGACGUCCAGCGGUGUUUCCAGAAGAGCCGGACUACUGUUCACUGAAUUAGACUGAAUCGUUUGCUUUGGAAUCUUUUUAUUGAGUGUUUGAUGUGAACGGCGCUCACUCACUGACCUUUAUAUGCUGUCGUAUUAAUACAUGACACACACACACACACACACACACACA